AACCAAUAUUGUUUCAAAAUUUCUCCAUCUUCAACUAGGUUAGCUGCAUGAGGUAGAUGCUCGCUAGCCACACCGCCUUAUAUUUCUGUACUUUAGAUCUUGCUCGGGACAACUAUUUCACUCGCGUUUAAUCCGAUCAUGUUCAAUUGCCAUUAAUGGCAUCAUUAAUGGCUGCGAAGGGUAAUACUAGGUUGUGCCUUGGAGGUGAUUUUUGCAAGGCAGAUACGAAGAAUGUGGCCACGAGGAAGAUUAGCUGCUAUCCUUUGAUGGAUAACGCGAUCAAGCUAAAGCAACGAAGUUUAUCGGUAAUAGCAAGUGCCCGUAGUUCUCGAGGCAUAGAUAGUACCAUCAAUGGAAGUAAGGUGAAUAGAAUUAACGUCGGAGAGGUCGCUCCAGUAAUGGGAAACAAGAAUAGGGAGUCAACAAAAGAAAUUAGCGGUGUUGAUGCGCCUCUUCAUGCCGUUUUGCUUGGAAGGUUUGUGGAGGACCAGUUUGUUUAUAGACAGACAUUCAUUAUCAGGUCUUACGAGAUUGGACCAGACAAAACUGCCACUAUGGAGACACUGAUGAAUCUCCUUCAGGAGACAGCACUGAAUCAUGUGACAAGCUCUGGCCUGGCUGGGAAUGGCUUUGGUGCUACCCGUGAGAUGAGCCUCCGUAAACUCAUUUGGGUUGUCACACGCAUCCACGUUCAAGUACAGAGAUACAGCUCCUGGGGAGAUGUUGUAGAGAUUGACACUUGGGUGGAUGCAACGGGGAAAAAUGGAAUGCGCAGGGACUGGAUAAUCCGAGAUUACAAAACCCAAGAGAUCAUAACUAGAGCAACAAGCACUUGGGUUAUCAUGAACCAAGAAACAAGAAGAUUGUCAAAAAUACCGGAACAAGUGAGAGAAGAGGUGGUACCUUUCUACCUCAACAGAGUUGCAGUUGCCUCAGAUAAAAAUGAUAGUGAAAAAAUCGACAAGCUUACCGACAAAACUGCAGAGAGAAUUCGAUCAGGCUUAGCUCCAAGAUGGAGCGACAUGGAUGCCAAUCAACACGUAAACAACGUGAAAUAUAUUGGAUGGAUUCUGGAGAGUGUGCCAAUAAAUGUCUUAGGAAAUUAUGAUCUGACAAGCAUGACUCUGGAGUAUCGCCGAGAAUGCCAGCAAUCAAAUCUGCUAGAGUCAUUGACUAGUUCAACAGCAAGUGGGACUGAAGAUUCAAAUAAUUACAUACAUCGAAGACCAGACUUAGAAUUCACACACCUGCUUCGCAUGCUUGCAGAUAAAGCAGAGAUAGUCCGGGCAAGAACACAAUGGCAUUCUAAACAAAAACUAAACUGAUCAUGUGAUCAUCUCAAACAUGUGCAGCAGCUAGCUAGCUGUGCACCAACUUUCAUGUUUAUUGCUUUGUCGUUUCAUUUUCUUGUUUCGAUUUGUUAUCCAAUAUUAAUUUGUUGUCGUUUCACAUUGGUGAGUUUGAAUCAAAUAAAAAUUCCCAUCGUGCUAUA